CAUGAAAUACCAAUGAGCACGCUUCACUCUUCUUUAAGUCUUUGUUUUGAAGAAUUUCGCCUUGUGUUUUGUUACUUGAAACUAAGUUUACAAUCAAUGGCGGACUCUUCAUUAAUAUUCCACUACUUCUCUCACCAGCGAUCCUUAUUCAAAACCUUCUUCUUCAUACCCACAACCUUAGCUCUCAUUACCACUCUCUUUAUUCUCUUUAACAUCUCCACUACUUCUCAUUUCUUCUUCACUCACCACCAACAACAAUUCACUCGUUUUGUUUACCCAAAACACUCACCUUCCCCAACCCACAACGUUUCUAACGACACCCACUUGUUUCUUGAUUUGCCCCGUGGUGGUGGUGGUGGUGGGAGUGUCUCUGUGAGUCAACGCUCUGUCGGAUAUCAUUUGGGAUCACGUGGGAACUAUAUGAAUAACAAGGAGGUAUUCCAUGACAGAGAUAUAUUUUUGGAAGACUAUAAACAAAUGAACAGGAGCUUUAGGAUAUAUGUUUACCCUCACAUGCGGAAUGAUCCUUUUGCAAGUGUACUUUUGCCAGUGAAUUUUGAACCCGGUGGUAAUUAUGCUAGUGAAAGCUACUUUAAGAGGGUCCUUAUGAAGAGCCAUUUUAUCACAAAGGAUCCGAAUAAAGCAGAUCUUUUCUUUUUGCCUUUCUCAAUAGCAAGGUUGCGGCAUGAACCGGGAAUUGGUGCAGAGGGAAUUAAAGAUUUUAUCCAACAUUACAUUCUCAAUAUCAGUCGGAAGUACUCUUAUUGGAAUCGGACUGGGGGGGCUGAUCAUUUUUAUGUUGCUUGUCAUUCCAUUGGACGAUCUGCUAUGGACAAAGCUUGGACGGUUAAACUCAAUGCGAUACAAGUUGUGUGCUCAUCAAGCUAUUUUUUAUCAGGUUAUAUUUCUCACAAGGAUGCAUCUUUGCCACAAAUUUGGCCAAGACAAAAAGAUCCCCCUAACCUUGCUUCAUCUAAAAGGAAGAAACUUGCAUUUUUUGCUGGAUCAAUCAACUCCCCAGUUCGUGAAAAACUUAUUCAAUAUUGGAGAAAUGACUCUGAGAUUUAUGCUCACUUUGGCCGGCUCACAACACCUUAUGCUGAUGAGCUACUUGGGAGCAAGUUUUGCCUUCAUGUCAAAGGCUUUGAAGUAAAUACAGCUCGUAUAGCAGAUUCAUUAUAUUACGGAUGUGUACCUGUGAUCAUUGCCAACCACUAUGAUCUUCCAUUUGCUGACGUACUAAAUUGGAAGAGCUUCUCAAUUGUUGUCGCUACUCUAGAUAUCCCAUUGCUGAAGAAAAUUCUUAAAGAAAUAAGCUCUGACAAAUAUUUAUUGCUUCAAAGCAAUGUGAUGAAGGUGCGCAAACAUUUUCAGUGGCAUCUUUUACCUGUUGAUUAUGAUGCUUUUUACAUGGUGAUGUAUGAGUUAUGGCUCAGACGAAGUUCUCUGAGGGUUCAGUUGAGUUCUUCAAUUGAUUCCCAUUGAUGAUUGUAUAUUAUUUUCAAAGGUGGUUUUGUGGGUCCAGUUGGUGGGACUUUGUACAUUUUUUGAUUGAUUUUUUUACUCCUGAUUCCCGAAGUAGCUUACAAGGUUAAAAGUCUAAUAUUUUUAUGUUUUGUAACUGAUUAUAAUUUAUACAUAACGGAAUUUUUAACUUCUUUUAUUUUAUUAAUAAUAGCUUCUUUGGCACCUGAGUUUAUGUUUCCAAUAUUUAA